AUGUCCACCAGCACAACCAAGGUUAAAUGGUACCAAUGGUUUCUGACUACCAAGACGAUUGUCAAGAUAAGCACGGUCAAGGUCAUCCAGCCGACUACGCUGAUCCAGACCCAAGUUCGGACUCAGACUUUAACGUUGCCAGCUUCUUCUAUCACCGUAACAAGGACGACUGGUGUAAACACAGCUACAUUACCCGGCGCUUCCCAGGUUGUAACGGUCACUAAGCGUGGGGGACUUUCUACCGUUACGCUGCCUGCUCAGGUUUCCACAAUCACUCGGACUCUUUCUGCCGCGGAUGCUGUCCCUGUCACUGCCCCUGCUGAGGUAUCUGAUACUGCUUUCUCGACGGCGCAGACAUCGACUACAGCCAUAACUGAGGCUUCAGACGUCACUACUUCCACUAGGAGUUCCACUGUCACGGAGGUCCUGGUCACGGAGACUUCGACGUCCACUAAAACCUCCUUCACAGAGGCGACAACUAUUGAAAUCCUAACUACGCCGUCUUCAACUACAACUAAAAACUCCCCUAUAGAAGGGUCCACACAGAAGUCUUCUACUACUAUUACUAUAAAGGCUUCUAUUAUAACCAGUAUCCCAGCAACAGAGACUUCGUCAACCACUAAGUCAUCCCGGAGUGCUUCUUCUAUACCGUCGAAACCUUCACUUCCCAGACCAUUGGUGUUUCUACCAUUGAGACAACCGCCGCCUAAGCUUCCACCGCCGAGACACUAGCCGCCGCUACCGGUGCUGUGAACGCAAUUAGAAGCUCUCCUGUUCGGAUCUUUACCACCGAAGUGUCCACCACUAAGACGCCUGCCACUACUCUUACUUCUAUAGAGGUUUAUACCAUUGAAACUCUUACUACUAAAGCAC